GUGUAGUUUGUAUUUUUUCGUUGACUACACGUAGGUAACAAGAAGACAAUGAUGGAACCUUUCUCGGAGGGCAUUGAGUCAGAGGAGAUACAAGGAUGGCAGACAAUGUUUGGUCAAUCGAUUUUAAAAUGUGUCAUGAUUUGAUUAUUAUUGUACUUCCGCAUUACUCUGAAAAUAUUUUUAAAUGGGUCGCUAUCCAGAGUCUGUAAAUUUAAUAUUUAUAAGUAAUUGUCAUUUUCAAAUGUCAAGCGAAAUUUUUAUUUAACUCUCGUUUCACCUUAAUUUGUGUAAUUCCGAGUUAUACAGAUUGGGGUGUUACACUUGAUUUCGGUUGAGUUUCCGGAACUGACUCCAAGCCGCCCAGAUUCACGAGCCGGCCCUGGCUUAUCACUCUCCACCCAUAACUCCAUUUCCACUUUAUGCUUAUAUGCUUUGAAUCCGCAUAUUGAAAUUCCCCUUAAAGUCACUUUCUCCUUCUGCUCUUUCAAUCCCUAUCUGCCAUUAUAGCUCCCACACUCAUCUCUGCAAACCAACCCACGCUGAAUGAUAUUCAGACCCCGCAAGGAUCUCUCUUAUCUCAGUGCAAGUGGUGGGAAAAAGGGAAACAAAAUAAGGUAACAUCUCAAUGAGUUUCUAGAGGCCAGUGGACAAUAUAUUGGUGUUGAAGUGACUAAAGAUGGCUUUUAAGCCGUUGGAUUGGUAUUGCCAGCCAGUAAAGAAUGGGGUGUGGUCAAUGGCGGUGGAGAAUGCAUUCGGAGCAUAUACCCCAUGUGCAACUGACUCUCUGGUCAUCUCUGUAUCUCAACUUGUUGUUUUGGUACUGUGCUUAUAUAGGAUAUGGAAGAUGAAGAAUGAUUCCACAGUACGGAGAUUUCGUUUAAGGUCCAACUGUUAUAACUCUGUGUUGGGUUUGCUGGCUGCUUAUUGCACUAUUGAACCUUUGUAUCGACUUGCAAUGGGAUUAUCAGUGUUGAAUGUUGAUGGACAGACUAGUAUUGCUCCAUAUGAGAAAAUAUCACUGAUCAUUGAGUCUCUCACAUGGUGCUGUAUGCUAGUGAUGAUUGGCCUUGAAACAAAAGUUUACAUCUAUGAACUUCGCUGGUUUGUUAGAUUCGGAGUAAUUUAUGCUUUGGUAGGGGAUGCAGUGAUGUUCAACCUCGUACUAUCUGUAAAGGAAUUCUACAAUGGGUCUAUAAUGUAUUUGCUCAUAAGUGAAGUUGCAGCCCAGGCAUUAUUUGGUCUGCUCCUCCUUUUUUAUGUUCCUCAAUUGGACCCUUAUUCAGGGAAUCUGGGCUACUCCCUGCUUCAAUCUGAAUUCGUUGACAACAUGGCAUAUGAAAAACUCCCUGAGGCAGAGGAAAUUUGUCCAGAAAGGCAUGCCAGCAUACUGUACAGAGUUACUUUUGCAUGGAUGAACCCUCUUAUGCAACUUGGUUACAAGAGACCUCUCACAGAAAAGGAUGUAUGGAAACUGGAUACUUGGGACAGGACAGAAACACUCAAUAGUGUGUUUCAAAAGUGUUGGGCUGAGGAGUGUCAAGGGCUACGUCCAUGGCUUUUGAGAGCACUAAAUAGCAGCCUUGGGGGAAGAUUUUGGUGGGGAGGCUUCUGGAAGAUUGGAAAUGAUGUCUCCCAGUUUAUUGGACCUCUUAUACUGAACCAUCUAUUACAGUCUAUGCAAGAAGGAGGUCCAGCAUGGAUUGGCUACAUCUAUGCAUUUGGAAUUUUUCUUGGAGUGGUAUUUGGCGUUCUGUGUGAGGCCCAGUACUUCCAAAAUGUCAUGCGUGUUGGAUAUCGCUUGAGAUCAACUCUGGUAGCUGCAGUUUUCCGCAAGUCCUUGAGGCUAACACACGAGAGCCGGAAGAGAUUUGCAACUGGAAAAAUUACCAACUUAAUGACAACUGAUGCAGAGUCCCUGCAGCAAAUAUGCCAAUCACUGCACACUUUGUGGUCUGCUCCUUUUCGUAUUGUUAUUGCAAUGGUUCUUCUGUACCAACAGUUGGGAGUUGCAUCUCUACUUGGUGCAUUUAUGCUUGUCUUAAUGUUCNAGCGGAAAAUCGAGGCGGUGGUCAGGGGUGUGGCGGCCGGAUCCGAACAGAUCUAAUGUCUCCCCUUCUUAUUUUUUCCCGUCACCCAAGAUUGGGAGCACCGGAAAACCGAGGCGGUGGUCGGAGGUGUGUGGCGGCCGGAUCCGGACAGGUCUAAUGUAGUAUAAUCUCCAUCACCUCCGCCCAUUUAAUUUUUCUUUUUUCCCAAAGCUUCCCAUAUUUGUUCAUAGUUCUAACUAUAAAUUUUCCAGAUUUCC